CUAGCGCAUCGUAUAAGUCUCUGCGACCGAGAGACCUCGGUGACUAUUUUCAAGCGAGGCAGCCUAGCUAGCUUGUUCACUUCAACUCAAGCCCGCGGCUGAGGUGCACGACAACGGAAGACCGUCAUUCGUUAGCUAGAGCGAAGAGGGAUAAUCACGUUUCCUUCAUGUCUUAUUCGGGAACGAAAUCAUUACACCUUACCAUCGUUAUCAUGUUUGGCGAAGUGUUUAUGUAGUAUUCAUUCGGCUCGUUAACGCCAUUCGCCUACCAAUUACCUGACUACUGACCGUUGAUACCGAGGAAGAAGAGAAGAAGAGAAAAAAACGAAACACGAAAACCGAAGUAGAAACGCAGGAAAACAGAAGAAGGAAGGAAACAGCAACCACCGAUCAAACAUGGAACAAAAACGCGUAUACAAAGUGGUGCUUACCGGAGGUCCGUGUGGAGGAAAAACUACCGGACAGGCCAGACUUUGUACGUUCUUUGAAAACAUGGGGUGGAAGGUGUUCCGUGUCCCCGAGACAGCGACUGUGCUGCUCAGCGGCGGCAUCAAGUUCACAGACCUGAACGCUGAAGAGGCAGGAAAGAUUGUGCAGGCUUGCCCCUCGAAGUCGAGGCUUCGAGAAUCUCGGAGUCCCUGCAUUCCGAACGGGGACUCUAUCCUCGACCAGGAUCAAGCCAAGUGGCCCGAAGUACUCCAGGUCGAGUCCGGCGAGGCCUUUAAGUUUCAAGAAAACCUGCUGCGAACGAUGAUUCAAAUUGAAAACACAUUCUUCCAACUUGGUGAUAGCUGUUCAAGGAAUUGCCUCAUUAUUUGUGAUCGUGGUGCUAUGGACGCCUCUGCAUUUAUAUCGAAAGACAAAUGGGAACUGAUGAUGGCAUCCAAUGGCUGGAACAACGUCGAGCUUAGAGACAAUCGUUACAAUCAGAUAAUUCAUAUGGUAUCGGCGGCAAACGGCGCUGAAGAAUUUUACUCAACAGAAGAUCACGCAUGUCGUUCCGAGGGCAUGGAACUCGCCCGAGAAUUGGAUUACAAUGCUGCAGCUGCAUGGGUUGGCCAUCCUUACUUUGACGUUAUAGACAACUCGCAGGAUUUCGACACUAAAAUAUGCCGGAUGAUAGAAUGCGUGUGCCAAAAACUUGGCAUCGAUACCGGAGACCGACUCAGGGCCAGCAGUCGGAAGCUCAAGUUCCUCGUCAAGGGACCCCUGCCCGAAGACGCCUUUCCGCCCUACCAAGAUUUCGACGUCGUUCACAACUACCUUCAAAGUAAAACUCCCAAACUUCAAGCCAGGCUUCGCAAACGCGGACAGAAAGGGCAUUGGUCAUAUAUUCAUACAAUCAGAAGGCCAAAAAUGUGCGGUCAGGUAGUUGAGGUGAAAACACAGCUGACUCAUCGCGAUUAUCUGAACAUGCUGGCUCAGCUGGACGAUUCUCACUUUACGAUAUUCAAAAGGCGCCGCUGUUUCCUAAUCAACAACCAAUACUUUCAGUUGGACAUAUAUAGAGAACCAGGACAUCCGAGAUGCAGAGGACUAAUGCUGCUGGAAACUUAUACCGCGCUCAGUGGAGAAGAAUUAAAACGCAUCCUGCCUCAGUUCCUUACAAUUGAGAAGGAGGUAACGGGUAAUCCUGACUACAGCAUGUUCAAUCUGAGCCUACGCGAAGAGUGGAACAGCACGAAUAAGUAUUGCCAUACAUUGCACGGGUUGAGUGAUGGUGCAGGAGCUGAAAGUAAAAAGAGCCAUUCUCAUUAUCAUCAUCGUUAUCAUUACGAGGAAACAAACGGAUCUCCCAUAAAGAAACACGAUAACGGUCUAACGAGUAUAUCUAAUGGUGAUACGGAUCGAAGUGGCGAUGCUACGGUAAACAGCAUGGAAAACAAAGUACAAAAAGAAGUACAAAAUGGUGAUAUCAACGGAACAAAGCAUCAUAACAACAACAACAAAGCCAGUGAACGUAAAGAUUGCGUUUCUAAAAAUUGCGGCAGUGCCGAAAGUAGCAGUAAUAAUUUGAGUGAAAAAUUAAACGACGGUAUAGUCGAAAAUGGCACGGCUCAUAACCAGUACGAACUUAAGAAUGGUUUAAAGAUAUAACAUCACUACAGGAAAUUAUUAGAAUGAUGCAGAGUUAUGAGGAUAAAUGAAUUGUGCAACUUUGUAUAAAUAAUAAUAAUAACAACAACAACAUUAAUAUUGAUAAGCCGCAGUGGUAGGCAAUUGGAUAAAAAUUCACUUAUCUAGCUCUCGAAUCGUAUGUAGCAUAUAUGGCAUAAAAAAAAAAGAUACACCACAAUUUAGGCAAUAUUAGUCUGUAAAUUAUACAAUUUGCUUUAGCAGUAAACGUUUUCUUUUCGAUUUGUCUUGUAUACAUAUUAUAUGUUUACAAAAUCGAGAACUAUCUCAAAGUAGUCUGUACUUAAAAAAAAAAAAAAAUAGAAAGGUAACGGAUAAAAACAAAUUAUUAAGUGCUUCAAAAUUCGAUGUAACAUGUAGUUUCGAGUAACUUCCUUAAAAUGAAAAAAAAAUUGCAAAUCCAAUAUGCAACACCAAGUAUUUUCGUAAUCAAAAAAAAAAAAAAUAAACAAAAAGUUAUUACCUGAUGUCGAUGUGCAAUGAAUGCAUAAAAAUGCAUGUCGGAUUCACUACUUAAAAAAACAUUUUACCUGAAGUAUUGAGGAGUUUCAAUUCUCAGAGUGACAAUAAAAGUGAGAAAAAGAUAGAAGAAAAUUGCGACAAAUGAUGAUUAUUAUUUGGAAUAAAGAAACUUGCUAUAGGAAGAAAGAAAAUGAAUAAAUAAAUAUACGGAAAUGAUGUUUAUUCAACCAUUUAUAAACGGGAAGGGGGGGGGGGGGGACAGAACACUCGCGGAUUAUGUAUUUAACUAAUUAACGCCAUAUAUUUAUAGUAAGGCUUACACAACCAAAAUGUAUUACCACCACUGCUGACUCAUACACCUACGAUAAUCGUGUAUUCGUAGAAAUAUUGAUCGAUAUCGAACAUUUCUGUUAUUCUUUCUUACAUUAAGUUAUUAUUCUAAGUCGAGGAAGGUACCAAGAGUAAAAAUAAUUGCAUUUUAGCUCGCUACGACUGAUACGAAGAUUCUCCGGUCAUUUCUACAUCUCAACUGCGAUAUUCGUUUGGAUUACUGCUGGAUAAGGGAACACGUUCGACAACGGUUUUUCAAUUCGAUGCAAGGGAAGUUAUUAUUAAUCGCAUUCGCAUUGCGAAGCGUAUUUUCUAAGGUAUAAGAUAAUAAUAAUAUUUCGAUAAAUCCGCCGGAAAGGUACAUUUUCAUCAUUUUGUAAUACGGUGUACAAUAUACAUGUUUCUAUAAUCAUUUUAUAUAACAGUAUACGACCGAUUAUUUUGCGAAUACACGAUUGAUAGCGAAUACUAAUAAUAACAAUUGUCUAGGUAAAAAAGGAAAUAAGAAAAUUGUUAAUAUUUAAACUUAUAUCGUAUACUUAUUGUUUUACCGUUGACGGAAACAAAACAAAAAAAAAGAAAAACAACCUUUGUGAUUUUGGUUUUUAUCGUGUAAAAACCCUGUGAUGUGAAACUAAGUACACAGAGUUGAAAAUAAAAAAAAAGAAAAACAACAUGAGAAAACAGAUACAAGAAUAAAUAACUACACGCUAUUACGUUUGAAUAUAUACCGAGUAGUGUGAAAAAAUGAAUUUGGUAAUAAAUUAUUUUUAUUUUCAAAAAUUAAAAUCGUUGAUGUUUACUCUUCAAAUUGAAAUAGAAAAAUAGGAAUCAAAAUGGUGACGAUGAAGCGCUUCUUCGUCGAUACUACCGAAAUUGAUAUUUGUAGUUUCAACAAUUUAUAAAGUAUUUUUUUAAUUAAUUAUGCACAGUUACGGCUUGAACAAAAUUCUGAGGCAAAAUUUAACAAUUCAUAAAUGGACUCCAAUCUUAGUUUUGCAAAAAACGAUGGAGGAUGUGGAAGAUUUUGUUGAAGCAAAAAAGAAAAAAAAACAAUCGCAAUACAUACAUAGGAUUUCUGAGACUCCAAAGUUUUAUCAAUCAUUCUUCAUUAUACUUAUACAAACAACCGAGAUUCAAGCACGCUGACUUUACAAUUGUACGUGAAACUCUGCUAUGGGCAGCUAUGAAGUCAACCGAACCCGGUCAAUGACUAGGGUUGAGCCUGAUAGUAAUUCUUUAAUCCAAAUAAAUGAAUGAAAAGAAGAACAGGUGCCGAUAUGGAAUGCAAUCAGAAACCCUGUAUUACUGACAAGUUAUUAAGAUCGACCAAUUUUUUAUGACGAAUAAAAAUAACAAGAUAAACAAUAUUUCUAUGUAUCCUACUGCUUGAACUUGUUGAUAUUAUUUGUCUAUUGAUUGAUUGAUUAAUUGACUGACUGACUGAUUAACUUGAGUGACUUUUUGUUUUGAAAUUGAUGCUUAUUGCGGUAUACUUGUCACAGAUUUUGUCCUCAUUCGAAGUCAAAGUGCCUGUGAGAAAUAUUUAUAAUGAAGCAAGGGAAGUGAAAAGUUAAACAAAUAGAAUAUAUUUUCAAAAAACAAAUAACAAACUAUCGGCACACCCCGAACAACAGCACACAUAUAUUCGAUUUAAACAUGAUCAACACAUGCUAUUUGUAGUUGAAUAAAGAGUCGUUCGUCUGCCGUGU